GCGUCGUUAGCGAAGCGGGAGAUAGUGUCCCUGUAGUGGCCAUCGGCUUAUCGUGGAAUUGCAGCUUCCGUUUAUCGCUGAGGGAAAGCCCCCCUCGUAGCAGCCCACCGCCCAGACGCGCUGCGAGGACGCGCACUGCCACACUUGCCCUCGUUCCUUUCGGAGGACACACUGAGGAAUAAAACGGUUACUGCACAGUUCCUCCCGGCAAGCAGUGAAGUUAACGUCGGUCGCCUGCUCAUUUUAUGUCGUCGUUGUUGAUGACAAUAGUUUAGACUGUUAACAGAUGAAAAAUGCACGCAAAAUAGUGUCUGAAAGAGAUCAUGCACCAGAAUAGUUCAGUUAAAUUGCUUUGGCUGGUGAGCUGAGGCAGAGAUGCACAGGGGGAGAUCAGGACUUGACAAACUGUAAGCCAGCACGAGAUUUGAAGAUUAAAACAUUCCUCUAGCCCAUGAUUGGGGUCUCUCAUGUCACAGCAUAAUGUCCACCCCUCCUGGGCCACAGCCAUUUCCUGAUUGUAGCCUUUGAAGCAGCAUCAAGCCGCAGUGUAAGGGUGACUGAGUGAUCCUGUCAGCUGCCUGUUGUCCCUGCAGUGCGCUGCACAGGGGCCUGCUGUAGCAGGGAGCUCAGGCCGGGUGGAGUCUGACAUGGCAGCCGGCUGAGCCCAGGUUUGGGAAGAUCAGUGUCCAGCAGAAGGAUUGCUGCUGUCAGCUUGGACGUCCUCAGUCCUGCUUCCAAGGGGCCCCUUUCUUUAGGGUGCCAACAAGAGGGAUUUAUCAGAGGGUAAAUAAGACAGGACAUAAACGAAGGAACAACUUUUAUUGAAUGUCCAUCCAUCCAGACAUUUACUGCUUUGCUGGCUGAGCUGUGAUGCCCCAGUGAGGCAGCAGCUCGAGGUCUUCCCAGAGCCUGCAUGAAGUUUCUUCUGACCAUGCGGCUUCCACCCAGUCCAGCAAAAGGGCAGAAUUCAGUGAAUGACAGUCUCAGUCACUUUUGAGGAAUUAUUUUUCUGCUGAUCCCCACAGCUGAUCUGCCAGGCAGCUGCAGAAAUGGCGGCUCCACCUUGAGGCCCAGCGAAGGAAGUGCCAUCAUUCCAUUCUCUUGGGAGAGAAGACAGCCGGUGCCGCACUGAGAGGAGAGAGAUAGUGAGGUCCAAAUAUUUCAGGGAGAGCCUUGGCCUCAAACCAGUGAAGCUCUGAGUGUGUAACUUCAGGAAGGUGUCCCUGGGAGGGAAACCUGACUCCAGAAGCCUGGGAAGUACUUGUUGAGGUUCUGUCUUUGUGCCGGUAGCAAGCCCAGUGUCCUACAGAAGCACAUCCGCUCACACACUGGGCAAAGUCCCUGUCCCUGUGGCCCGCACCACACGCCCCAUACCCGCCGAGCUCCGUCUGGUGAGGAACGCAGUCUGAGCGGUUCUGAAGGUGGGCGACCAGCAGAGGAGCAGGCGAAGCAGCCGGAGGCGAAAGCAUGAGCUCAGAGGGUGAAUCUGGGCAGCGUGGGAGCACCUCCUCGUCUACAGAGGAGCACGGACGGACUGCCUCGCAGGAGAGCAGCACCACACCGUUAUCUUCUGCUAAGGAGGCCCAGGGAAUAAAAGAUUUUCUGCCAGCAGAGGGCGCCCAUGCAGUCAAGCAGCGGCUGGCCCUGCGACUGAGUGAGAGGAGGCAUGCUCCCCUAGGGUCCUACGAGGAGGCCCCUGCCUCCCUGGACCUCUGGAGCAGGGGCAGCACCGAGUCCGGCUAUUUCUCCCGCUCUGACAGCGGCGACUGGUCCCAGGCAAGCCCCCCAAACACAGAGGCCAAGAGUUAUGCUGAAAUUAUACUUGGCAAAUUUGGACGGUUAGAUCAGUGGCACAGGAACCAACAGCAGCAGUGUGCAGGGUCCGCGGAGCCAGGCGAGAGACGGAGAAACGUCCCGAUAAACGUGCCGGCCAAUCAGGUCAUUGAACACAUCACCAAGCUCAUCACUAUCAACGAAGCUUUGAUUGACACCAGAGAAAUUGACAGUGUGAAACCUAGACGAUCCUCUCUGUCCAGGAAGAGCAGCAUAGAAGUGCCCAAGAUCUCAGCUCCCAAAGCACCUGCCUCCAAUAGCAGCGGCUCAGUUGAUGUGGGAUUGUCCAGGGACCCCCUCCAUCCACGCUUUCUGAGGGUGGGCUUGCUCGCCACUCGCCUGUACACAGCCCCCCUGCUUAGGAGCCACUCCCUCCCUUCGCCGACUGGUGCUGCGGACUCUGCCACCCGCAGAUUCCGCUUCAGCCACUCCUUCGACGAAUGGCAGGCCUCGCCGGCCGGCAAGCGGCUGGGCCGGCAUCACGGCACACUGAGGCGGCAGCCCGCCCUGGAGGUCCCUGCUGAGCCAGAGCCCAUUCUCCACGAGGUGCCUCAUCGAUCCAGUGUCACCACGGUGAUGCCUGGUCCUUGGCAACACCAGUACAUCAACACGCCCGGCGGCCAGCAAAAGGAAAGCAAGAGCUACGUCUCUCAUUGCCGAGGGCAAGAAGUCUUAAGGGCUGAUGGAUCCAGCUUCCCCACUGGAUAUCUGGCGGAAGAGCUGAACAACAUUUCCAGAAAGGAAGUAUUGAUCCAGAGGUUGCACAAGAGGCAGAAAGAGGGAAGCCAGGAGCAUGAGGUGGAUCCUUCCAAGGUGCCUGAGAUAGCUGCUCCUUUCCCCCCUACGUCCACAUGCACAGGCAGGCAGAGGAACAGUGCCGUAGGGGAAAGGUGGGACAGGGCAGACGAGGCGUCACAGUCAGGCUCAGAUGGGACAAACACCGGAAAGGGCAUCUCCGUGAUUCAGCACACCAGCAGUUUUGAGAAAAAGGAAAAGGUGUUUUCUGCUUUCUCCUUCAACAAGGACCAUCACCUAGCGCAAAGAGAGCUGCCAAAGUCACACUCCCACGCUCGUCUGCUGCGCCAGCCCAGCGUUCAGGUGCCCGAGCUUCCGUUUACAGAGGAGCCAGGCGGCAGUAUCGCGAAGCCCUCCAACACGGACGCAGUGUUCCAGUGGCCAAAGCGCAGCUCAACCUUGGCCCAACUCCCAACAGAAAAACUGCCCCCCAAGAAAAAGUGCUUACGCCUGGCUGAGGCGGCUCGAGCCUCCAGGGGUCUCUGCGUGAGCUCACUGCCAUGUAACUCCCUCCUCCGCAUCUCCACAUCUAAUGACAAAAUACCUCAAGCCAGUCCUGAAGUGGUGCCUGCAGCAGCUCCUGAGGGUGUUCAGGUGAGCCACACGAUGACAGCACUUUCGCAUCUUCAGCACCCACAGAUGCUGCCCAGCUAUUCAGCCCAAGCCAGAGAUCCCUGCUGCCCACCCGCAUGGAACAAAGGACAGAGGUGUCAGCCCACGAGAGACCCCAUCUGUGGAGCAUCUGGCCAGAACAGACCUUCAUGCCAGACAAGUGGAGAGGAGCUUCUGCAGGUCUGCCCCAGUAACCCAGACCCAGCUGUGCUUCAUGCUAAUUUCAGCCCAAGUCCAGCAUCUGAUUUUAACCACAAAACAACAAAAAAUUCUAGCGAAUCAAGCCUGGCUUCUCCUCCUCCUGAACCUGUUACUGACGUGAGAGCUGCCUGGUCCCCCUACAGGGUGAAUUCAGACGCCGUGGAGCUCUCUCUGUGCCCAGUGCCUCCUCUUUCCUGCAGUCAGUCAGCUGUCUGCCUCCUUCCCUCGCCCUCAUUAAGGAGCAGGUCCAGUUCUGUCACCAUGCAGCCGGGGCUGCAAACGGAAUCCAGACCAUCCCCAUCUCUCUCGCAGAGCCAGAUCCCUGUGGUCCCUCAGGAUCCCGACCGUUUGCCUGAUCCCGCUCCCUCUGAGCUUCUGAGGCCCGUCACUGCGCUGGCGGUACCGGUUCGCUCUCAGACCCCUGUAGCCAAAUACGGAAGCGCCGUGUACACGACACAGUCACAGAUCCCUGCACUGAAACAGAAGGAUCUAAUCUGCUCUGCUGUAACCAAAAGGAAGCUGGAGGAUGACUGUCAAAAGCCACACACAGUGAUCGCCCCCUCUGACAUUCAGGGGCACCAGGGCCUACUGCUGCCCCUGACGCCAGCUGCUAUGGAGACUGAGAAGGGGCAGGGGAGCGCCCUCUCGCCGGCGCGCGGCCUGGAGCUCAGCCCUGACACAGAGCAUCGGCAGAAGCGCGCAAAGAGGGAAGAGGAGACUGAUUAUAGUGACAGGGAUGGUAGCGGAGGAACAGGAACUGACGAGCAGAGUUCGAUCACAAACCCACCUCUGAUGUCUGAAAAGAAAGAGGAAGAUGAUGCGGCAGCAGAGGAAGUGGAUUCCAGUGAUAGCAGGAAGGGUGAAUCAGUGACGGGGCAGGCGCAGGGAGACGGCAGGCAAAGGAAGCCGCUGGGGGCACUGAGCUCUGAGGCGUACCCCUGCCUGCACACCGCCACCUCGCUAAGCUGGUGCUUCCUCUGCCCGUCCCCCCAGAGCGACACACAGCCCCCAGGCAGCUCCUCCCAGCCCAGCGCCUUGCCCGGCCUGAACUCGCUCGGUCUCUCCACCAGACUGGCCCUUUCCCUCCUUCAGUCCAAGCAGAAGCACAGGCCUGCACUCUACACCACUGCCAGCACGACGCAGCCCACAGCCUCCGAGCUGCUUCCUGCCGGGAAACCGCAAAUGUCCCAUGGAGAUAUGCGGCAGGGCGGUGCUGAUGAACGUACCCAGGCAGAAGCUGCCACACCUAGUGCACCAGCAGCAUCCAGGGAACCCACUCCCACUGCGGAGUAGCAAGAGAGGAGUGACCAUCCAGGAUGAGGCAUGAUCCAGCUCCAGACGAAGCCAUUGCAGAGAGAGGCAUAUCACGAGGUUCUGGACUUGGAAGGUCUCUUUGGGAACAUCAAGAAGGUGAUAGGAGCAACCUGGAGCUGGAGAUGCGAGCACCAGCAUUCUGUGGGUCAGCUGCAUUGUGGAAGAUGACAAAGCAUCUUUUCUCACUGUAAUAUCUUCUCAUUUCAUUUUGUUUUACUAAAAAUCCUCUGGGUGUUUCUGUGUGGUAUCACAAGGUUCUGUGCCUGCAGCUCAUGGCUGAAUGUGUGGUGCGCGUGUGUGUGUGUGUGUGUGUGUGUGUAUGGUCCAGGUAUACAUUACAUUGUGGGGACAUUUGUUCCCCACAAUGUGAUAAAAACCUGUUAUUUUGAUGUUGUG